AUGAGGGAUUCCUUCGUCCAUGUUCUCCCGCGGUCCGUUUCCUCCGUUUCGAUUCUGGGGGGCUCCGUACUCUGCGGGGCCGGCGCCCGGGGAGCUGUCGGGGGGCUCCGCGCGCCUUCAGCCGCUCCCUCCUCGGUGCCGGACGGAAAGUGGGGAGCCGCCGGGGCCCCCUCCCGCCGCGCUGGCGCUCGGGCACCCGCGCACGCAGCCUCGCGCCGGCCCCGCCGCGCCGGGAGUUCGCUCGCACUCCGGGCAGUGUUUGGCCACAGGGCACGCGCGUCCCCGGCCAGACCAGCACCCGGCUCACGUGCGGAACGUACCAUCCGCGGUCCGGCCCGGAGGGGGGCGGGGGAGGAGGGGCCGGGCCCGGAGGGGGCGUCGGAGCCGGCGGCGCGGGGGCGGGGACACCUGAUCGCGGCCACCGGAAAGGAAAAACAACUUCAGCCAAGCGCGUCCUCCUCCCGGGGCGCCGCAGUCGGCCGCGCGCGGGGGAGGGGCGCGCUGGGAACGGCGGGGACGCCGCGGGCUCGGGGCUUUCCCCUCUCGGCUCCCCUUUCCGCCCCUUCCCACCGCCCGCGCCGUUGUUGCUUUGCACCGGAGAAAGGGAAGAGAAAGAGGAUUCGCGCAGGCAGAUGCGGUUCCCCUGAUGUGCAUAGUCCUCCAACCAGCACCACGCUGCUCCUCCAGCCAGCACCACGCUGCUCCUCCAGCCAGUACCACGCUGCUCCUCCAGCCAGUACCACGCUGCUCCUCCAGCCAGCACCACGCUGCUCCUCCAGCCAGUACCACGCUGCUCCUCCAGCCAGUACCACGCUGCUCCUCCAGCCAGCACCACGCUGCUCCUCCAGCCAGUACCACGCUGCUCCUCCAGCCAGCACCACGCUGCUCCUCCAGCCAGUACCACGCUGCUCCUCCAGCCAGUACCACGCUGCUCCUCCAGCCAGCACCACGCUAGCCACGUCUCGUCACCAACAGUGGAUGCAGGAAGAAGCACGGGCACAUCCUGCUGCCAGCCGUGCAGCCCCAGGCGGGAAGACACUUCCCGUGGCCUGAACACCGUCUCCACCGGGGCGCCGUGACUGGGCUGGGAAGGGCCCACGGCCAAGCGUGUGUGAGUGAAGAGCGAGCAGGCACACCGGAGAAGCACCCAGUGGCCUUGCCUGCAGGACAGCACAGGAGUGCUUGGUUUGCCACCCCGCCCCCCACACACACACACUGCACACCGCCCGGGACAGCCGCCCAGUCACAGACUGACACCGAGUGGCACAUUCCACGAGCGCUCUCGACUCUGUCUGUGACCCCUUGGAAGCAGAGAACCGAGAAGCCUGUUCAUCUGCCAGUGCCAGCAGUGGUUGAGAAAUUCUUUGCUGUAACCAUCGUUUCCAGAAAUUUCCAAUAUAGAGAAAUUCUUUCACGUUUCUUUCAAGGCACUGGGAUGGUAAGUCUUCGUGGGGGUUUCA